GAUGCUGCCGAAAUAGAUGACCUCAUCGCUUACAUCAUCAAGCGGUACCAGGGCUCUGAUGUCGUCCUUGUUGGCCACAGCACGGGCUGCCAGGACAUUGUGGCCUAUCUCAGGAGCCCCACCUCCAGCCACCAUAGCGCUGUCAAGGCAGCCAUUCUUCAGGCGCCAACGAGCGACAGGGAGUGCAUGGAGCAGCAAGCGAGGGAGGGGGGGAAGGAGACACAGGCAGCAUUGGAAGAAAUGAAAUGGGCGGCACAAGCCAUGAUUGCGGACGGCAGAGGGGCCGAGAUGAUGCCGAGAAGCGCCGACCCGCUUGCGCCGAUCACGGCGUACAGGUUUCACUCUCUAGCAUGCACGGGUGGGGAUGACGACAUCUUCAGUUCAGACUUCACAGAUGAUGAGCUCAGAGAGAAGCUGGGGCACAUGGCAGCAUGGCCAUGCAUGGUGAUUCUAUCAGGGGAGGAUCAGUACGUGCCAAAGCACAUAGACAAGGAGAUGCUAUUGCAAAGACUAUGCGCUGCAAUGGGCGGCGCAAGCUCUGCUCUGAUUGGUGGAGCUGACCACUCGCUGAGUAACAAACUGGAGGAGGCAGUUCCCACCAUAACGGCCUUCAUCAAAAGGUUGUGAAAGGUGUUGUAGUGCUUAGCUAGUAGGGCCUACUGUACUGUAUCAUCAGGAGGGACAUCCGUUACUUCACUUUCAUUCAAAAUGCUCACUGCAUGCUAAACCAUUAGCAGUUAUUGCACAAGAAUUUAUCA